AUGGAUAAAACGACCGUUACAUGGCACUACACGCGCGCCGACUUUAGAAGGCCCUCGGCAAGGGGCCAUCUCGCCAUUGUACCGGAUGUUUGGGUUGAACGAUUGAGUAUUCUACCCCCGACGACCACCGUAGCUCUAGACAUCCAGGGUCACCUUCUUGAUGCAGAUAAUGAAGUCGCGUUCGCGUGGAAGCUGGAGUAUCUUGGUCAUUUGGCUACUGUCGUGGUGGUCGGGAGCUGGAUGCGAACUCGAACUAUCUGCUCGGCUGCUCCGGACCUUCAGGGCCACCCUAACGAAACGGUCGACCCGGCCAUCUCGUCCUUCGCCUCCAGGCCGGUCAUGAACGCGGGAUUUCUCACACAUAUACACCCGGAUUCGGGAACUCAAACCCGACAAGAAGCAAGAGGCGAUUUGGAGACAACAAGUUCUAGAAGCCAUAUCAGAUCAUGGCUGAUGGACACCUUCAUGCUGACAACAUCACAAAUACCUCCACGCUAA